UGCGUCAAGCCAUCACAGACGCCAUUUUGCCAGCAGUCGUUGGGAAGUCGUGAGCAAGUGAAGACUUAAAUUAGAUUUGAAAAAGAAACCAGGAGGAAAAACCAGCCGUUCUUCAAAACCCAUUAUCUUCCGUGAGGAAAAGGAAUCUUAUCGUAUGUCCGCUAUCCAGAACCUCCAAACCUUCGACCCCUUUGCUGAUGCAACUAAGGGUGAUGAUCUGCUCCCGGCUGGGACUGAGGACUAUAUCCACAUAAGAAUUCAGCAGAGAAACGGCAGGAAGACACUGACCACUGUCCAGGGAAUCGCAGAAGAGUAUGAUAAAAAGAAACUAGUCAAAGCUUUCAAGAAGAAAUUUGCCUGCAAUGGGACUGUGAUUGAACGUCCGGAGUAUGGAGAAGUGAUUCAGCUCCAAGGUGACCAGCGCAAGAAUAUCUGCCAGUUCCUUACUGAGAUCGGCUUGGCUAAGGAGGAGCAGUUGAAGGUUCAUGGAUUCUAAGUGAUGCUCAGAUAGCAACAAAGCUAGACGUUUGUUACAGCCCUUGCAGUUUCCAUUAGACUGCUUCUGAUUAAGACUAACAUAUUUUCCAGGCAUUGGAAUAGGGGACGAUCCAAUGCAAUUAAGGACACUGGCAGAUAGCAUUGUACACAGAUUAUAUAAGCUUAAGUGGCUGCAAGAGGAACCACUCUGGGAAUGAAACGCUGGCUUUGGUUAUGUAAAUUUUUGUGAAUUUUAAAUGUGCUUCUUUAAAAAAGCACUAUUCCAUGUUUAAGUGUUUGUACAGUGUUUCAAAAUAAAACCAGCAGAUGUCA